AUGGAAGAGCUGCGAAGUCACUCCUCGAAAUCGGGAAUAUUGACCAAUAUCGGCAUCGUUGAUGUACUGCGCAGAUGGCACCCCAACCACAGUGUUACGCAGACACCAAAAUCGACAGGGAUUCUCAAAUUGGCAAAAGCUGGCUAUGGUGAUGCAACGCUGGAUACCGGCAAUGAUUUCUAUGCAUCACGGAUCUAUAAGCCAGCCACUGAUGACCAGAGGGGCACCGGGCGUCUGAAAGACAAAGUGGACCAAGGGGAUGUUAUAAAUGGGCGGUCCCAGACCGUGGACAACCUUAUCACUGCCGCCACGCAGCGUCUGUCCGAGAUCAAAGAAGAGAUAUGGGUGUAUGAUCGAGGGUAUUGGAGCAAAAACCACAAGCUCUGGAAGAACGUGCAAGGUUGCAAGUGGGAAAACGUGAUCCUCAAUGAUGAGAUGAAGCUUCAACUCAUCAGCGAUAUUCGAGGCUUUUUCGACCGCAAAGAGGACUACAAGUCGUUCGCAGUGCCCUGGAAGGUAAGUGAGUACCGAGUUCCGUUGGCCCCAUUCGUCCUGAUGCCUUCAAAGCCAUUGGUCCAAGGUGCUCUGGCCCAGUUUCUUGCUGCUCGUUUUGGAUCCGUUAAGUUGAUGAUUGCAGCGUGGGGUCAUUCUUCAUGGCCUGCCCGGAAACGGAAAAACAAUCUCCAUCAAGGCUCUGAUGCGCUCUCUCGCUUCCCGGUCAACGCCCAUCCCAAAGCCAAUAGCGCACACUACACACGAUCAGCCCCGAGCAUGUUGUGA